UGAAAAAAAGAAGAAUAACAGCAAAGAGCAAAGGACGUCUUCUUCUUCUUCUCUCUUCUCUCUUCCUUGAGCUUGCUUGCUCCUCGCUUUUGUCUUCCUUCAUCACUGUCUGUAUCAACAAUCAAACCCGAAACGUCUCUUCUGUCUGUUAAUUCAGAUUAAGUCUCAGUCUCUCCCUCUCGUCUCCUUGAUGAGCACUUUUCCUCAUUGACAAAUCCGAAAUCACGACAGACCCAUUUCAUUUCCAUCUUCUAUUUUGUAAUAAAAAUUUCAUCUUUCGUGUCUUCUUAACAGAACCAACAUCCAAAGAAUCGGCAUUCCUCUCGCAAAGCUGUAAAAACCGAUACUUUUCUCGGUUCAAAUCUCGAGAAUUCUGAAAAUUCAGAGACCCACGAGUUUCCUGAACCAAAGUGGCUUUGAGGAUGGAAGCAGAAACGUCUUGGACCACUUAUCCAUACAACUACAUGACUACAUACAUCCCAGAAGCUGAAUCAUACUCUGAGCAGAGCGAUGAUGAUGAAGAGACCAAACUCCAAACCUUUGCAAUGGAUUCUCUUCUCCCCAACGAUCUACUAGAAAGAAUCCUCUCCUUUCUCCCCAUCGCAAGCAUCUUCAGAGCUGGCACGGUCUGCAAAAGAUGGAACGAGAUUGUCUCUUCUCAAAGAUUCUUAUGGAACUUCAACAACAACUCUGUUUCUCAGGGGCCUUGGUACUUCAUGUUCACCACCACUGAUGAUCCAUCCGGUUAUGCUUAUGACCCGGUUAUCAAAAAAUGGUACAGCUUUGAUCUCCCUUGCAUCGAGACGUCGAAUUGGUUUGUUGCUUCCUCUUGUGGAUUGGUUUGUUUUAUGGACAAUGACUGUAGAAACAAGAUCUAUGUCUCAAACCCUAUCACCAAGCAAUGGAGGAAGCUCGUUGAACCACCGGGUCAUAAGGCUACAGAUUACACAGCAUUGUCUACCUCCAUGAACCGAGCAAAACAGAGUUACUCUGUUUCUAUAGUGAAGUCAAAGCAAGUUGCUGGAGAUUUCUUCCAAUGGGAUCUCUCUAUUCAUCUCUACAGCUCUGAGACAAUGACGUGGACAACAAGUGUAACCGAUGUCUUAACCGGGUGGAGAGGAGGAGACGAGAGUGUGAUCUGCAACAAUGUUCUUUACUUCUUGAUUUACUCCACAGGAGGCAACUCUGAUCAUCGCCACGGUUUGAUUGCUUCUAACUUAUCGUCGUCCACAUCAUCCUUGAUGAGGAGUUUCAUUCCAAUGCCGUGUGCUUUAACCUGCGGGAGGCUGAUGAAUCUCAAGGAGAGGCUUGUGGUCGUUGGAGGGAUAGGGAAACAUGAUAGGCCAGAGAUUAUCAAAGGGAUUGGGAUAUGGUGUUUGAAAGAAGGAGGAGAGUGGCAAGAGAUGGCGAGAAUGCCUCAGAGAUUCUUCCAAGGGUUUGGGGAGUUGGACGAUGUUUUCGCGAGUAGUGGCAGUGAUGAUUUGGUUUAUAUUCAGAGCUAUGGAUCUCCUGCGCUUUUGAUGUUUGAUAUGAAGUUUAAGUGUUGGAAGUGGUCUCAGAAGUGUCCCGUCUCUAAGAAGUUCCCUCUUCAGCUUUUUACUGGGUUUUGCUUUGAACCAAGACUUGAGAUCACUCCAUAGCUUUGAAGAAGAAAAAGAAGAUGAUUCUAUGGUGAUGUUUAUAAAAUGAUUGAGAAAAUAUAUUCAGGAAUAUUGUUGUUAUUACCAUAUAUUUUGAAGUUUAAUCAACUGAAUCCUCGUGUUUCAAAAAAAAAAA